AUGCAGGGUCUUGCGGAUGGUCCCGUCAAGACUCACCUGUUCCGGCUUGAACUAGAUUCACUAGAACAAGCCAUUUCCAUUGCGGAGCAGGAAGACUUCAGUCUGAGACAGGCUCGCGCCAGCUCGACAUCAUAUCGUCAACCGAGACGAUAUGACAACGGAGGUCCAGAGCCGAUGGAACUCUGUUAUGUAGAGAGCGAGAAGGCUCGCUCUACAGGCUACAAGAAGUUGCAGAGAUGCAACAGAUGUCAAAAGCCAGGACACUACGCUUACGAGUGUAGUGCCCCUCGUCCAGUGUCUCGCGACACUGGGCGUAGUGACCGUCCACCCAUGAGAAAGGGGCAGGGACGAGGGUCCGCUGUUGGUGCAAAGACGCAACAACGGGAUGGACCGUCAAAAAACGGACAGGAUCAGUAG